AUGCGUUUCAAGCCCAUGCUUGCUUACAACACAACAUCAAAUAGCUCGGCUAUUAUUCAACCCACCAACCCUGACAAUCCGCAAGGUGCUCUGGAUAGAUCUCCCAAUACUUUGGUCGACAACUUUCUAAGUCUCUGUCUCGCUGAAGACACAGACAAAGGGCAUCAGCCGCCAUUUUCUAGGCAAACAUUGGACUCAUCAGACGCUAGAGGUGCCUUACCGAGCUCCUCACCCCGUCCAGUUGUCCGUAUGGUCUGGCCGAAUGCUAUUAAGAAACCUACACAAGGCAAUACCAGUUCAGAAUCCAUGCUCACAAUCUCAGGAGCGCAUCUUCCUGUCAGUGAACCUCCAGAACUGUCGGAGCGAGUAAACUGGCCACACGAAUCAAACUGCAAAAUGUGUGCUAAAUUUCACGGUGAAGAAUGCACACAGGCCUGUCCGGUAAAUAAUGGUUUUCACAUACCGCCUACACUUACCAUCACCAACAUUCCCACAACCUCUAUAACUGCAGCUUCCUCAGGUCUCCAGGGCCGUAAUGUUGUUUCUGGUGUGAAGUCCAUGCCCUCUUUUACCUCGCCUACCAGCCGAAAGAUAAAGAGUUUCCGCCGACCCAUGUGCUCUGCCAAUCGCGUUUCUGCUAUCGGCGAUCCUGGUUUUGUGGAGCCCUGUGUCGCCACGUCUGACUUCAGGUCUGGAAACCUUUUGAGAAUUUGGCUUGAGCGCCAACAGCAGCAUCAACAGAAGAAGAAUUACCAUCAUCACAGCCACCAUCCACUUCUUUCUCCUCCUCCCCCGCCUCCUUCUCCCCCUCAACCACCUCGCUCCCCUCAUUUUUCCCCUUCAUUAUUCUUGCCCACUAAUCACAACAAUCAUUCUCCACAUCGGCACGGACAGCGAAGAACCGGUGACUCAGAACCCUCUAUCGAGUGGAACGAACUGCCGACUAGAGUACUGGAACAGGCAUUAAUCCCUAAUCGUUCUGCCCACAUGAGACCGGAGCUGAUCGCCCACGAAACCCUGGUGACUCCAGCUGUUUGUGGACGUCCGCCAAAUACUCAUUCGGGACACAUAAGAGGCUUUCAAUUCGUUGAAUUCCCACAAGUGGCCUGCUCUCCGGUCCCACCACAUCAACCCUCUUAUCAUGAAAUUCCCCAAGAUGCCAACCCAGGCCAUCGCAGCCACCAUCAUCACUACCAUGAUCACCACCUCCACUAUUGGCACCAUAGACAAUACCAUAGAGGCAAAUUUGCCGGUGCUUUGCAGAGCGGGUGCGUUUAA